AUGACAGAUUAUCGAAACUCAAAACUAAUAGAAAGGUAUGAAGAUGUUGUUUUUGAACUUGAAACAGCAUUACAAUCAAACUAUGCAAACAAUCAAAUAAAAACUAAUUAUCGUUUUGUUGUUGAUAAUAGUGGAGAAUCAACCCCUUUUGAUUGGUAUAACGCCAGAUUCAAUGUUACUUUUGUUUUAAAGAAGGCAAUUGCUGGUCAUCAGGGGGCUAAUAUCGCUGUUGGUGAUAAUAAUGGGAUUGUCAAUUCUUCCUUCGCUCUUAUUAAAAAAUUGAAUGUUAAGAUGAAUGGUGUUGAUGUUUAUGACUGUUCGGAAGCCAACCAAGCAACAAAUAUUAAAAAUCUUCUAGAAUAUUCUCAGGGUUAUUCAAAAAGUCAGGGUACUAAUGAAUUUUUUUUUAUUGACACAACUAGAACUGCUGCAGAAGCGGAUAAUUCAGGUUUUCUUGUCAGAAAAACGCUUCUAUCUGGUGAUCUUGGAAUGAAUGCAGAAAUACCACUAAAUCGGUAUGGCUUUUUUAGGAGCCUUCUUGGUGAACUCCUUCCGAAUUCUCGAAUUGAGAUAAAAAUCGAACUUGAGAGUGACGCCGACCUUGUCUGGCAUGCAGAUGCAGCAAACGAUUGUCGUGUUGUUUUAACUACAUUUCAGCUGAUAGUCCCUCGUAUUAUUUUUAAUUCAGAUGGAAAGGCAUUAUACAUGAGCAAAUACCUUGAUACAAGAAAGUGGACAUAUCUUCGUGAAUUAGUUGAGAGAAGUAAUUCAACACGAGAGCAGGCAGGUAGCUUCCGUAUUUCAACAGCGAUUAACAAACCGAGACAUGUUUUUGUUUUUAUAAUUAAUGAUGAAAAUGUUGAAGAACAGUCAAGAAAUAAAUUCUUGUAUAACACUUUCGCGGUAGCCAAUAAUCGGAGAAUGAACAAUUGCUAUCUCCAAGUAGGAAAUGGAAAAGAAUAUCCAGAAGUUCAUUACACACCAAGGGAAGAACCAACACGUGUAUUCCGAGAUGUUCUUAAUUAUUUUCAUGCCAACAAUGAUUAUGCUGGGGAUACUCUCCUUAACAGAGCUAACUUCAGUGACAUUUUUCCAUUUGUUUACUUUGAUCUAACAAAGCAGCCAACAGAUAUCAAAGAUGGUUCAACUAAACUGACUUUUAAAUAUACACUAAGUGGUGCCACAGAUGCAGAUUACUCGGUUUAUGCACUUGUCCUUUAUGAACAGGAUGUUGAAAUGAGAAAGACUGAUGGUAAGUUGAUCUUGAGGUCUAUGUAAGAUAUUCCUUAUUUUGUAUAUGUUUUAUAAUAUGUUUUAUAAUCAAAAAUUAUAUAACAUAUAUUAUAUACGAAAAAUGACUCAACUUUAUCAAAUAAAUGUAAAACUAUCAGAUAACCAGAAGAAGAAUAUUGCUGAUGCUUACAAAAAAAGAGAAACAGUCAUCAUCAGACUCACAAAUGAUGCUCUUCGUGGUAAUGACACUUUGAAUGUGCCAGCUAUGGUAAAGAAGAGAUUAGAAAAGAAUCGAAAAGAGAAUAAAGGUAUGGACAUAAAGCUGUCUAAGACAAAUAUCAGAAAACAAGUUGGAGGUGGUUGGUUGUCUUCAGCUCUUGCUCUAGGUCGCGCAUUGGCACCAACAAUUGGGAAAACUUUGGGUUUAUCAGCUUUAUCAGGGUUAGCUAGUGAAGGUGUAAGCCAAAUUGUUAAAAAGAUAGCUGGAAAAGGACAAACUGGAGGUUUCCUUAUACCACAAAACAAAAUUGAUAAACUAAUCGCAAACAAGCAUCUUCUAUCUGCGAAACAAAAAAGAGAUAUUCUUGAAGCCCUCCAAUCAGGUUCAGGUGUUGUUGUGAAGCCAACUAAAACACAAUCUGGUGGUUUCCUUGGUACUCUACUAGCAAGUAUCGGAAUCCCUCUGGUUCUAAAAGCUUUAACCGGUCGUGGUUUGCAUGUUGAACAAUCAAGACCCCGGAGAUCGAUUCCCGUAUAUGUUCCU